GGAACGGGACCUUACAACAAUAAAACGCUCGCUGCAGCGCUAUUGUCCGCGCACUGGAACGAAUCAUCGCCCAGAUCCAAUGAAAGCCCCUUUCAAUCCAGGGGAUAAACGGGUCUUAGAAUUCUUAAAUAAAUAAUCAUUCAUAACCCCACGAUUUAUUGAGAUGAAGUGCUAAACUGUACUGUUUGAAGUUCACUUUCGCCACUCCAUCGUUGGAGAGCGAUAUGGUCCCUCCCCUAUACGAGAUCCUUUGUGAAAAUCUUGUUGGGACUUUUUCCUCCCUUUUCACUUAAACGUCAAGUGUAAUUCCUACCGAGGGCUUCGUCUCUGUGCUCUCCCUGUCUUGAAGGUGAAGUAGAUAUGAGAAGAAACGGACUAUCAGCUUCUAAGAAGAAGACCUCUGAGAUGAAUUAAUCUCCCUGAACGCGGGUUUUAUUAAAAUAACAUCUAUUUGCGGAUUUAACAUCUCCAUCAAUCGAAUGAUAGCAGGGGUCUCUCUGCAAUGGGCCCCAUACCCUUUAGUCUAUUGCUGUUCAUCUCAGCACUAACUGUGCUGGUAGCUGCAGCAUUGGAUGAUGCCACAGGUGAUGAUGAGUACACCUGGCUGCAGAGGAAGUUACCACUGGUACAAGAAAAGCAAACGGUGCUUCUGAACAGUUCAGAGUUUUCAGCCAAAUCUCAGAGCAAGUUCCAAGGAAUAUGUGGCAUCGAGUGCCAGCGGGGCCUCCCUGAGCCCAACUUAGAUGAUUUGGAGAAGCUACUGUCCUAUGAAACAAUGUACGAUAAUGGAACACGCACACUAACUACAGUCUCAGUACAAGAACUAAAUGUGAGCAACGACUGGACGAGAAGCUCUUUGUCCCACAUGCGACACAGACGAGAGGUCUAUGGCACAGACACGCGCUUUACCAUCGCUGACAAGCUGUAUUCCUUGAAAUACCCUUUCUCCACCUCUGUGAAGAUCUCUACGGGCUGUUCUGGAGUGCUGGUGUCCCCCAAGCAUGUGUUGACGGCUGCACAUUGCAUUCACAAUGGAACAGACUACCUGGAUGGGGUACAGAAACUCAGCGUGGGGGUGUUGAAAGAGAAAUCUCGCAGUAGGAAAGGCAAGAAAGGAAAAGGAAGAAAAGGGAAAGGAAAAAGAAAGAAUAAGGAGAAGGAAGGAGAAAUUGAUGAAAACAAAGGGAUUAGAGAGAAUCACGAACGUAAGGGCGAAGGCAAAGGAAGGAGGAACCGCAGUAGCCGCAGCACUGUUUCUGAGCAACCCUCAUUCCGCUGGACGCGAGUUAAACAAAUGCAGGUGCCGAAGGGCUGGUUCAAAGGCGUCUCUGAGAACGUAGUGGCUGAUUAUGACUAUGCCAUCCUGGAGCUUAAGAGGGCGCAGAAGACCAAGUACAUGGAUCUAGGUGUCAUUCCCUCAAUCAAGAAGCUGCCAGCCGGACGUAUCCACUUCUCGGGCUUCGACGAUGACCGGCCGGGCAAUCUAGUGUACCGCUUCUGUUCCGUGUCUGAGGAGUCCCACGACUUGCUGUACCAGUAUUGUGAUGCCAAGCCCGGUUCCAGUGGCUCUGGCGUCUACAUUCGCCUCAAAGAGCCCAACAAGAAGAAGUGGAGGAGGAAAAUCAUUGGGGUUUUCUCAGGUCAUCAGUGGGUGGAUGUGAACGGGGUGCAGCAGGAUUACAAUGUGGCGGUGCGCAUCACACCUCUGAAGUAUGCACAAAUAUGCCACUGGGUUCAUGGGGACUCCAGUCAGUGUCAGGAUACCUGAGAGACUCCAUCAUUGACCCAUCUGACUGCUUCUGUCCUUUCACACACCAACACUUCCCUUUUACAACGCCUCCCAUUGUACUUACAAAAGUUCCAAAACAUUCCAUUGGUAUUACUAUGGUAUUCUUGGUAGUACCUUUGAGUACCAUGCAAACAUCAAGAUAUAUGAAUUUCAAAACUAUGGUAUAUGUCAGAGUACCAUGGUACAGUAUUACCAUCUGAUACCAUCACUGUACCAUAGUACCAUUGUACUUCACAAACUGCUGCAUUCAUUCACAGUAUAGCCUACAUCACAACAUUCAUUACAGUAUGAUGGGUCUUUUAAUACAUUAAUUUAUUUUAUUAGAUACCUUUUUAUAUGAAUCAUUAAGAGUGAAUGUAUUUCUAGAUUAAAUUGUCUUAAAUGAGAGGUAAUUAUAUCCUAAACGGGGUAAUGUAAUUUCGAAGUAGACAAUGUACUGUUAAAUUUAAUCAGUGUUGUUUUGCAAUGGGAGGCAUUUAUUAUGUCUGUUUGUCUGUACGGAUGUCUUGAAAUGUAGAUGUGUAAAACCUAGAUCUGAUUAGCUGACACAGAAAAAAAAAAUACUUAUUUUUUCUGAGAGAAGCAGCUUUGAUCCUUAUUUGUGGAUCUUGUUUUUCUUUUUAAAGGACAUAUCGGAUUAUUCUUUAAUCAGUGUGCUGGUGUUCUUUGAAAACACUUUGUUACUGUUCUCAUUAUAAUACAUGAUUUAUUUGUUUGUCUAUAAAAGCUUAAAGUGUAAACUGUCUUCAUGGGCUUCAAAUUGCAAUUAUGUUGUUUCUGCCUUUUGUUUCGUAAUACAGGCAGAGUCAGAAAUGUUGCCCUUGUUGACCUUUGGUGCUAAUUUAAUGUUAAAUAUAAAAUAUCUGAGGACCAAUCAGAGUAACAGCCUACUGUAGAACUAUUACGUAAUAGUUACGUAAGACAAUGUCCUUCUUAAUAAAAUACACAGAGUUAUUUAAAGUUAGAUAUAGUUAAUGGUAAAUAUUGUUUGUUUUUUGUGAUUGUGAUAUAGAGCAAAGCAAUGUAGCUAUAUAGGAGAUGUAAAUAAAAAAAACUCUUAAUAUAAUGUUGCAUUGAGUUUUCAAAUGUUUGUUUUAAAGGACCAAAUAAA